AUUUCUCACUGCUGGUGAUCGAUGAGUGCCACCACACACACAAGGAAGCCGUCUACAACAAAAUCAUGCUGACUUACCUCCAGCGCAAGCUCGGCGGGCACCAGGACCUGCCACAGGUCCUGGGCCUGACAGCAUCCCCUGGCACCGGUGGGGCAACCACCUUCGAGGGGGCUGUGGAGCACAUCCUGCAGAUCUGUGCCAACCUGGAUGCAGAGGAAAUCACGUCGGCGCAAGCAGAGGCACAGGAUCUGCAGAGCCAUGUCCCCCAGCCCAGGAAGCAGUACGACCUGUGCCAAGAGAGAGCACAGGACCCCUUUGGUGAACAGCUGAAGAAAGUGAUGGAGCAGAUCCAGCAGUACAUGGGGACACCAGGGCUGCCACAGGACUUUGGCACGCAGCUGUACGAGCAGCGCAUCGUGGAGGUGGAGAGAAGAGCAGCAGAGACGUUUUGCCGCCGGACGCGGGUGUGCGCGCUGCACCUGCGCAAGUACAACGAUGCACUGCUGAUCAACGACACAGUGCGGAUGAUCGACGCCUUCCAGUGCCUCCAGCAGUUCUACGCCACUGAGAGGGACACGAAGGACCCCAUCGGGCGCUUCCUCACUGCCACCUUUGAGGAGAACAGGACGAGCCUGCAGGCACUUGCUGAGGACCAGCGCUACGAAAACCCCAGGCUGGGGAAGCUGGAGGAGAUCCUGCGGGAGCACUUCCAGCCCCAUGGCACCUCCCGCGGCAUCGUCUUCACCAAGACACGGCAGAGCGCACACUGCCUGCUCCGCUGGCUGCAGGACACGGCCACUCUGCAUGGGCAGCACCUCAGGGCCGCCGUCCUCACCGGUGCAGGCUACGGCAGCCAGAGCGGGCACAUGACACAGAGCGAGCAGCAGGACGUGAUCAAGCUGUUCCGGCAGGGAGCCCUCAACCUGCUCUUCUCCACCAGUGUGGCCGAGGAGGGCCUGGAUAUUCCUGAGUGCAACGUCGUCGUCCGCUAUGGGCUGAUGACCAAUGAGAUCGCCAUGGUGCAGGCCCGGGGCCGUGCCCGUGCCAAAAACAGCGUCUACUCCGUCGUGGCCAAAGCCAACAGCAGGGAGGUGUCCCGCGAGCUGCUCAACGAGGACCUGGUGCAGCUGAUGGAGCAGGCGAUUGCGGCAGUGCAGGCCAUGCCGGAGCAGGAGUACCGGCUCCGGAUCCAGGAGCUGCAGCAGGCUGCAGUUGAGAGAUGGCUGAUGAAGGAGGCCAGGAUCAGCGAGCGGCGACGGCUGCAUGACCCCGAUGCCGUUAACCUCUACUGCGUCAACUGCAACGUGGCGGUGUGCCGCGGCAGCGACCUGCGCACCGUGGAGGGCAUGCACCACGUCAAUGUCAACCCCAACUUCGGGCUGUACUACAAUGUCUUGCCUGGGAAGCUGCAGUUCCCACGGACUUUCAAGGACUGGGAGCCCGGCUGCCGCAUCGCCUGCAGUGAGUGCAGCCAGGACUGGGGCAUGGAGAUGAUCUACCGCCAGGUGAAGCUGCCCAUCCUCUGCAUCAAGAACUUUGUGGUGGAGACACCGGACGAGAAGAGGAGGUACAAGAAGUGGAGCGCCGUGACGUUCUCCAUCGAGGAGUUUGAUUACCUGGAGUACUGCCCCAGCAUCCACGGCCAGUCCUUCUAG